AUGAAUAAGCACAGGCUUAAAGUCUCCGACGACAGUGCGGGGAAGAAACCCUACGUCGGCAAUUCGAACAAUACAAGACAAGUCAGGUCGCUAAAGUCUGAUCAGCCGCACUUUUUCGCAUUAUAUCUGCGCCUUCAGAUCUCGGCACAAUAUUCACGAUUUGCGCGGGCUAUUUGUAUCGACUGGGGUGCGGCCAAAUACGUACAGGGUGAGACGCAAACCAAGUCAAAGAAUGGAUUUGAGCACCAAAUCAGUAUGAUGUUCAAUAUGAGGUUGCCAUCAGAGGGUUCUUUUCUCUUAUCUAAGGAUGACACAUUGAGGCUCGAGCCAUGGGGACUUGGAAGCUAG